AUGGGUCGUUUAUUGGGUCUAGAACUCAACAAUUUCAAGUCUUACAAGGGAACAGUGAGCAUUGGAUUCGGAGAUUCAAAUUUUACAAGUAUCAUAGGGCCCAAUGGUUCCGGCAAGUCCAACCUCAUGGACGCCAUAUCGUUUGUCUUGGGUGUGAAAAGCCUCCAUCUGCGAUCUCAUAUGCUUGUUGAUCUAAUCUACCGAGGCACGCUAUCAGAGGAAGAGUCUGCCACGCCUGAAUCUGAACUCCCGGACUCUGAAGAUCACCCAACCUCUGCGUACGUAAAAGCCUUCUACAGCCCCAGCAAUCAAGCUACCGACUGCGUGGAGCUAACCAGAACCAUAACAAGAUCCCAGGAUAGUGCUUAUAAGAUUGAUGGCAAGAUUGUGAGCUACAAGAAAUACAGUGAUUUCCUCGAGAGUCAAAACAUUCUCAUCAAAGCGCGAAAUUUCCUUGUUUUUCAAGGUGACGUUGAACAAGUAGCAUCACAAAAGCCUCAAGAUCUUACAACGUUAUUCGAACAAGUUUCGGGUUCACUACAGCACAAACAGCAGUACGACAAACUGAGAGAAGAGCUAGAAAAAGCCAGAUCUGCUACGUCAGAGCUGCUUCAGUCUAGAAAAAGGGCCCAUGCUGGCCUCAGAAGCUUCAAAGAAGGUGCCAACAGAGAUGAAGAGUAUCGAAAAUAUCUUGAAGAACGCAGCAGUGCCCAACAACAAUUUAUUGUGUGGCAACUCUAUCAUCUACAAGCCCGAAAAGAAGCAAUGUGCGAGGAAUUGGAGCAGUCUCAAGUGGAGAUACGAGAACUCGAAGCCCGGUUGAAUGCAGAAGAAGGACUGUUGAAAAAACACCAAACCUCUCUUGCAAAAACACAAACCAUUAUCGCUAAACAAAAAUCGAGACUUUCUGCAAGAGUGAAGAUUAAGGAGUCACUGGCAUCAUCGCUUUUACCAAUUAAAAGCUCCAAAGAGGGUGUUCUGAGGCGAAUCCAAGCAUCUGAAUCCAAGAUCGAUACUCUGCAAAAAGAUGUCGACAGACAAGAAGCUCUUGUGAAACAGUAUAACCAUCAGCUCAAGGUGGUAAGUAAAGCGAAGGCAGCUUUUGAAACUGAAAUUGUGGAAGCUUCCCGGAAAAGCGGCGAUUACAAGCUAAGUGAAGCAGAUCUAAAAAUAUAUGAAGAACUAAGGGAAGAGUUUCUGAGCUCUGGUGGCUCGUCGCUAGAAGAUAAACUGCUACUAGAAAAGAAUAAUCGAGAAGAGCUUGUCGACGAAAUCGGGCUAUACAGCCAGAAAUUGAAUGAAUCAGUAAUAAAAAUUAGUGAAGAGCUGGGCAUUCAAAAAGAGAGUCUGGAAUCAGAGCUUGCGCAACUAACUGUCGAACUUAACGAAAAGAAUUCAGAGGUAACCAGUCUAGUUAAAAAACUCAAAGAAUUGCAAUCGCGAGCCGAGUCCAACAGCAAUAAAGAGUACGAAAUGAACUACAAAUUAAAAGAGACGUUAACCAAGCUGGAUGAUAUGAAUGCCACUCAAAAGGAAACUGUGAAAGAGCGGAAGCUCAGGGAAAACGUCUCAACUUUGAGAAGGUUAUUUCCUGGGGUAAAGGGCCUGGUUCAUGAUUUGUGUCACCCAAAAAAGGAGAGAUAUGCUGUAGCAGUUUCUACUGUUCUUGGCAUGAACUUUGAUUCAGUGAUCGUCGAAAACCUCUCAGUUGCCCAGCAGUGCGUUUCGUUCUUGAAAAAACAGCGGUCAGGUAUAGUCUCAUUCAUUCCUCUUGACACCAUUUCUGUUAACAAGGUUUCUAUGAUUUCUGCAGACAUCAAGGGCUGCACGCUUGCAAUAGAUGCUAUUGAUUAUGAGCCCCAGCUGGAAAGAGCUUUUCAAUACGUUUGCUCCGAUGCUAUCAUUUGCGACUCCCUGGGAAUAGCUAAGAAUCUAAAAUGGAAUCAAGGCAUAAAGUCUAAACUGGUGAGUUUGGAAGGCGCUGUCGUGCACAAAGCCGGUCUCAUGACUGGUGGCGCGUCAAGCACUUCAGAGAACAGAUGGAAUAAGGAAGAGUACCAAAAUUUAAUGUCCCUGAAAGACAUGUUACUAAAUGAAAUUUCCGCAUUAUCCACUUCGAGUCGCUUGGACCUUGAAAAGAUAAGAAGUUAUGAGAACGCUCUUUCUUUGUUGAGUGCUGAUGUCACCGACCUCAAAACGAGAGUGACACACUCAAAAAGAAUGCUUCACGAGAAGCAGGUUGAGAUAGACUACCAAAGGGAACUUGCAGAGGAGGAGUUUAAGCCCAAAAUAAAGUCUCUGGAAGGCAAAGUGUCUACUCAUGACGAAAAAAUCACUCAACUUGACAGCCAGAAAGCAGAGCUACAAAAUUCAAUUUAUGCCGAAUUCUCGAAGCGUGUAGGGUUUACGCCUGCCGAGUAUGAAUCGCAUUCUGGGAAAGUAAUACGAAAGCAAUCAGAAGAUUUAAGGAAGCUUCAGAUGCAAAUAGCUAGCAUUGAGAAAAAACUGGAAUUCGAAAACGAGAGGCUCAAGGCGACACAGGAACGUCAACAAAAAGCUCAAGUAGAUGUAGAGAAGGCCAAAAUUAAGAUGGAAACAAUAACAACAGAGGAGAGUAACGUCCUUCAGGAAAUCACCGAAGAGGAAUCUUCCAUAAAGAAAGAGGAAGAGCGCUUAGAACAGUCCCAAGUGGAAGUCGAUAAAAAUUCUUUGGGUCUUAACUCUAUCGAGGAAGCUAUUCAGGAGCUUACUGAAGCUUUGAACUUGUGCAAGAGUAAAAAUACAGCAGUAUCAGAGAAUAUAGAAAAGGCAAUGUUGGAGAAAACUAACAUUCUAAAGAAUUGUAAGAUGCUUAAUAUCAAGCUGCCCCAAGGAUCAUCUUCACUAGACGUUAUUUCACUAGAUAAAGUCGACGAUGAAGCAUUGAAUGCCGCUGAUGAAGUGGUUGUUGACUAUUCAGGUUUGAGUCGCAAAUUGCGCCAGAAUGGUGAUGAUGCAACUGGCGAAGAAUUCAAAAGGUCUAUCGAGGAACUGGACGAGCUUCUCGCGGUGCUACAACCCAACUCCAAGGCAGCCGGAAGAUAUGAGGAUGCGAAAAUCAAAUACGACGAGAUUUUUAAGGAAACUGAGAAAUGUAAGGCGACCGAGAAAAGAUUGAAUGAUGAGUUUUCGAGUGUAAGAAAGCUCAGAAAAGAGGCCUUUGACCAAGCAUUCGAUCACGUCAGCGAAACGAUCGAAGGGGUCUACCGAGAGCUCACCAGAGAUCCACACUCAACAGCGGCGCUUGCAGGCGGAAAUGCAAGCCUGACCUUGGAAGACGAAGACGAGCCAUACUUAGCUGGAAUCCGAUACCAUGCUACUCCUCCUACGAAAAGAUUCAAGGAUAUGGAGUAUUUAUCUGGUGGCGAAAAAACUAUUGCGGCGCUUGCGCUUUUGUUUGCCAUAAAUUCAUAUCAACCCAGCCCAUUUUUCAUUUUAGACGAGGUGGAUGCGGCACUUGAUAUCACAAAUGUCGAGAGAAUCGCUACUUACAUCCGAAGACAGGCGCGAGCUGAUCUACAAUUUAUUGUCAUCUCGCUGAUCAAUACCAUGUUUGAGAAAUCACAAUCGCUUGUAGGUGUUUUCAGGCAGCAAAGCCAAAAUUCGUCUAAAGCUCUCACACUGAACUUGGAAAACUACGCCGAUUAG